AUGUCUGGCCUUCCCCCCGUCUACAUCGUCUCGGCCGCCAGGACCCCCAUUGGCUCGUUCCUGGGGUCCCUGUCGAGCCAGAGCGCCACACAGCUCGGGUCCACGGCCAUCAAGGGCGCCGUCGAGCGAGCCGGCAUCAAGCCCGACGCCGUUGAGACCGUCUACUUUGGCAAUGUCCUCUCCGCCAACCUCGGCCAAGCCCCCGCCCGCCAGUGCGCCAUCGGCGCCGGCCUCCCCCCCUCGACCGUCUGCACCACCGUCAACAAGGUGUGCGCCUCGUCGCUCAAGGCCAUUGUCCUCGCCGCCCAGGACAUCAUGCUCGGCACUGCCCACGUUGCCGUCGCCGGCGGCACAGAGUCCAUGUCCAACACGCCCCACUACCUGCCCACCCUCCGCCAGGGCGCCAAGUACGGCGACCAGACCCUCGUCGAUGGCGUCCUCGUCGACGGCCUCACCGACGCCUUCAAGAAGGAGCACAUGGGCCUUCAGGGCGAGCUGUGCGCCACUGAGCACUCCUUUUCCCGCGAACAGCAGGACGAGUACGCCAUCAACUCGUACAAGCGCGCCCAGGCUGCCACCGAGGCCGGCCUCUUCAAGGAGAUUAUCCCCGUCGAGGUGAGCGGCGGCCGCGGCAAGCCCCCCAUCAAGGUCGAGCGCGACGACGAGGUCAAGAACCUCAACGUCGACAAGCUCAAGGCCAUGCGCCCGGCUUUCAAGCCCGACGGCUCCGUCACCGCCCCCAACGCCGCCCCCAUCAAUGACGGCGCCGCCGCCGUCGUCCUCAUGUCCGAGGCCAAGGUCAAGGAGCUGGGCGUCAAGCCCAUCGCCAAGAUCCUUGGCUGGGCCGACGCCGAGCGCGAGCCCGAGCGCUUCACCAUCGCUCCCGCCCUCGCCAUCCCCAAGGCCAUCAAGCACGCCGGCCUGUCCGACAAGGACAUUGACUUUUACGAGAUCAACGAGGCCUUUUCUGUCGUCGCCCUCGCAAACAUGAAGAUCCUCGGCCUCAGCCCGGACAAGGUCAACGUCUACGGCGGCUCCGUCGCCAUGGGCCACCCCCUCGGCUGCUCCGGCGCCCGCAUCGUCACCACCCUGACCUCGGUCCUCAAGGAAAAGGGCGCCAAGUACGGCUGCGCCGGCAUCUGCAACGGCGGCGGCGGCGCCUCGGCCCUCGUCAUCGAGAACCUGCAAUGA